AUGCAGGGCCAGGGAGGCGGCGGCGGCGCUGGCCGGGCGCUGCGCUGUGCGCUGGCCGCGGCCGGGCUGCUCUCCGCGCUGAGCGCCGUGGGCACGCUCUUCCUGCUGGGCCAGUGGCAGGAGCUGAGCGCGGCGCUGCGGGAGCUGCAGGAGGAGGCGAGGCAGCUGCGGGGGCCGCCGCCGCCGCCGCCGCCCGCGGGGCAGGCGAGCGCGCUCCGGGCUUUCCUGGCGCCCACCGCCCCAGCGGACGGCGCGGUCACGGCAGCCGCGGCCCCCGCCGGCCGGGCCAAGCGGAGCCACCAGCGACGGCGUGGUCUCGCCAAGGGUCACAUCCGCGCCGAGAGCGAGGAGAUGCUCAUGAUGAUGACCUACUCGAUGGUGCCGGUCCGGGUAAUGCUUGAGUUGUGCAACAGCACAAAAGGAGUGUGUUUAACAGGUCCACCAGGAUUACCAGGUCCCCCUGGAAUUGAUGGCUUGCCAGGUCUGAAUGGAUCCGAUGGUGCUCCCGGUAUUCCUGGACAAAGGGGUGAACCGGGAAAAAGAGGGAAAACAGGAUCAAAGGGCGACCCUGGAGAGAAAGGCGAAAAAGGAGAUCCUGGUGAAAUUGGCUUACCUGGAAAAGAGGGGGGACGAGGUGAAAAGGGCUCCAGAGGGCCCAAGGGUGACAAAGGAGAGGCAAACAACGAACUGGUUUCGGAAGGUGAAAAAGGUGAACCUGGUCCUCCAGGGCCUCCAGGGCCUCAGGGACCUCCAGGACCACCAGGGAAGCGCAAAGCCAAGUCCCAGGAUGAGAAGAUCUACAACACUGAAUGCACAGGGGAGGCAUGUAGUAUUCCAAAUGAUGAUACUCUGGCAGGGAAAGUGAAAGAAAAAGCACAUCUCUAUCAGCGCAGAAAACCCGAAAACAAGAUUGACUCUAUUGGAAGCCCUGAGGAGAUCAUCAAACUGAGGCAGAGUUAUGGCGCGUGGAUGAUGGAUCUCGGAAACCGCAGCAAUGAAAAGAUUUGGAUCGCUGAGCAUUUUACAGGACACAUAAUCAAGGAGUACCAGGACCUCAGUGCAUUGUGGAAUGGCAACUACACCACCAUUGAACUCCCUUGGCCAUAUUAUGGAUGUGGCCACACCAUCUAUAAUAAUGCUCUAUACUACCAGCGGGUGGGACGCAACAUUGUUGUGAAGUAUGACUUUGAGACGGGGGUACCCAAAGCACUGACCAUUGAGAACUCCUGGUACUAUGAGCGCAUGUAUCUUUUCAGUACUUCCAAGUCAUACUUCAGUGUUGCGGUGGAUGAAAAUGGACUCUGGGUGAUGUACCUUUCCCGGCCUGAUGAACACAUCAUGGUGGCUGAAGUUGAGGAGGAGACAUAUUCCGUGCUGCGGCACAUCAACACCACCUACCCGCAGCCCAAGGCUGGCAAUGCCUUCAUUGCCUGUGGGGUGCUCUAUAUCACUGAUAAGAACCACAUGCAUGUGGCAUUUGCUUUUGACCUCUUGCGAGAGAAGCAGCUUGACGCCCGCUUUGAGCUGAAACUGUCCCUCUCCCUGGAAGGCUUUGAGCAGAAAGCGUCUCCAGCCUCAAAUGCAACCUUUGUGCCUGUGUUGGCCAUGCUGUCCUACAACUGGUUGAAUAAGCAUCUACAUACCUGGGAACAUGGGUUUCUGAUACAGUACCCUGUCCACUUUCUCAUCUGAACACACCUAGCAUUAAGAGGGGACAGCCACAGGGUCAUCCAACUCUACAGUAAAGUAGGAUGUCCUGUUUUCAGAAUUGCUCUUCUGAUUCCCAUCUCCUGAUCAGAGAGAGACGAACAAUGAGUGUAUCAGGAUACAGAUUGGGCAAAUUA